CGUGCUGUUAAUCUUGAUUCAAUAACAAAUCCAAAAGAUCGUGCUGCUAUUGAAACACAAAUAAGAAAUUUUGGUCAAGCACCAGCACAACUUUUAACUGAACCACAUCCACCAAGAAAUUCAGCAAUGAAUUUAACUCCAAUGAUUACACCAGAAGAUGUAUCAAUGAUAAUGAAAUUUUCAUCAAAUGCACCUAUUAUUCAUGUUUCUGCUAAUACAAAUCCAACACUUUCUAUACAAGCUAUUAUUACAAUUAGUAAUAAACAUAACUUUUCUAUAAAUAAAUAUCAUCCAAAUGCUAGUACACCAACACAAACUUAUUCUGAAUCAUCACAAGCAUCAAUACAUCAACAAACACAAUUACCAUUAAGCAUGGAUUCAAUAUUAGGCAGAUUAAUUCUAUAUUUUGUUGUUACUGCUGAUAAUCGUUAUAUAAUAUCAACUGGUUAUUGGGAUAAAAGUUUUUGUGUACAAAAUACUGAUAUAGCGAAAAUUACACAAGUAUUCUAUGGUCAUUUUGAUAUUGUUACAUGUGUAUGUCGUUCAGAAGUAACUAUUGCUGGAAAUUGUUUUCUUGCAACUGGUUCACGUGAUUGUACAGUUUGUAUUUGGAUAUGGAAUGGUACAAACGGUGCAAUAGUUGAUCGUGAAUAUCCAAAUCAAGAAAUCAAUCCAUCACGAGCAGCAAUUUUAACUGGUCAUGAUAGAGAAAUCACAUGUUUAUGGAUAUCAGCUGAACUUGGUAUUGUUUUAAGUGGUAGUGAACUAAGUCUUGUACUUCAACAUACACUUAAUAGUGAUAUAUUACGUUCAUUUGAAAAUCCAUCAAAAAUAUCUACACCACGUCUAUUAUCACCAUCAAAUGAUGGUGAUAGUAUUGUUUGUUAUGAUCGUUCAAAAUUAUUUAUUGGUGGUGAUCGAGGUUUUGUACAAAUCAUUCGAACACAUGAUUUACAACCUGUUUAUGCUUAUCCACAAUGUGAUGCUAGUAUUCGUUCAUUAGCAAUAACUCAUGAUCAAAAAUAUAUCAUGGCAGGUCUUUCUACAGGUUGUUUGAUUGUAUUUAAUUUUAAUUUUAAUGUUCUUAAUCAACCCCGACGUGAUUCUGGAACGCCUAUUGCAAAUGUUUAA